UUCAAUAAAGUGCUAGGUGCCUGAGCCUGCGUUCGUGCGUUACUGACAAGAGUAUUUUAACGUCGCUUUAUAUUGGACAUCAAGAUGUCUACGCAAAUGGAAACCGAGGGAGAGGUGGAAACCUUCGCCUUCCAGGCAGAGAUUGCCCAGCUUAUGUCCUUGAUCAUCAACACCUUCUACUCGAACAAGGAGAUUUUCCUCAGAGAAUUGAUCUCAAAUUCGAGCGAUGCUCUUGAUAAAAUACGAUACGAGUCUUUGACCGAUCCUUCCAAGCUGGACAGCGGCAAAGAGCUGUACAUCAAAAUCAUUCCGAACAAGAACGAUGGCACUCUGACCAUCAUCGAUACCGGCAUCGGUAUGACAAAGGCUGACUUGGUCAAUAAUCUUGGUACGAUUGCCAAAUCCGGUACCAAAGCAUUUAUGGAAGCUCUUCAGGCUGGCGCAGACAUUUCCAUGAUCGGUCAAUUCGGUGUUGGAUUCUACUCCGCUUACCUCAUAGCGGACAAAGUCACUGUUGUUUCCAAGAACAACGAUGACGAACAGUAUUUAUGGGAAUCCAGCGCCGGUGGCUCGUUCACUGUCAGACACGACAACGGAGAACCAUUGGGACGUGGAACGAAAAUUGUUUUGCACGUAAAGGAGGAUCAGAGUGAAUAUCUGGAGGAGAACAAAAUUAAGGAAAUCGUUAAGAAACAUUCCCAAUUCAUUGGCUAUCCGAUUAAACUGGUCGUGCAGAAGGAACGCGAGAAGGAACUAAGCGAGGAUGAAGCUGAAGAGACGGAGGAGGUUAAGGAGGAGGUGGAGAAACUGGCCAUCGAGGAAAUAGGAGAAGACAAAGCUGCAGAUGAAAAGGAAGACAAGAAGAAGAAGAAGAAGACCAUCAAAGAGAAGUAUACGGAGGAUGAAGAAUUGAACAAGACCAAACCCAUCUGGACCAGAAAUCCUGACGAGAUCACCCAGGAAGAAUACGGUGAAUUCUACAAAUCUCUGACCAACGACUGGGAAGACCAUUUGGCUGUCAAGCAUUUCUCCGUCGAAGGCCAAUUGGAAUUCAGAGCUUUGCUCUUCGUUCCUCGUCGCAUGCCGUUCGACCUCUUCGAGAACAAGAAGAGGAAAAAUAAUAUUAAGCUGUACGUAAGAAGAGUAUUCAUCAUGGACAACUGCGAGGAGCUGAUCCCGGAGUACUUGAACUUCAUGAAGGGAGUCGUCGACAGCGAGGAUCUUCCUCUGAACAUCUCACGUGAGAUGCUCCAGCAGAACAAAAUCUUGAAAGUAAUUCGCAAGAACCUUGUCAAGAAAUGCCUGGAACUGUUCGAGGAGCUCGCGGAGGACAAGAACAGCUACAAGAAGUUCUACGCGCAGUUCAGUAAAAAUAUUAAAUUGGGUAUUCACGAGGACAGCGCCAAUCGCAGUAAACUGUCCGACCUUCUGAGGUACAACACUUCGGCUUCUGGUGACGAAGCUUGCUCUCUGAAGGACUACGUAGGCAGAAUGAAGGAGAACCAGAAGCACAUUUACUUCAUCACCGGAGAGAACAAGGAACAAGUUGCGAACAGUUCCUUCGUGGAACGUGUCAAGAAACGUGGCUUCGAAGUUGUCUACAUGAUCGAACCCAUCGAUGAAUACGUAGUGCAACAACUGAAAGAGUUUGAUGGUAAACAGCUGGUAUCUGUGACCAAAGAGGGACUGGAGCUUCCCGAGGACGAGGAGGAAAAGAAGAAGAGGGAGGAGGACAAGGCUAAGUUCGAGAACUUGUGCAAAGUAAUGAAAAACAUUCUGGACAACAAGGUGGAGAAGGUUGUGGUGUCCAACCGUUUGGUAGAUUCUCCAUGCUGCAUCGUUACGUCUCAGUAUGGCUGGACAGCUAAUAUGGAGAGAAUUAUGAAGGCUCAAGCUCUCAGGGACACGUCCACCAUGGGAUACAUGGCUGCGAAGAAGCACCUCGAGAUCAAUCCGGAUCAUGCCAUCAUCGAGACUCUCAGAGAGAAGGCGGAGGCUGACAAGAACGACAAGGCAGUGAAGGAUUUAGUAAUUUUAUUGUUCGAGACCGCGCUUCUUUCUUCAGGUUUUACAUUGGACGAGCCACAAGUGCACGCUGCUAGGAUUUACAGAAUGGUCAAGCUGGGUCUUGGUAUCGACGAGGAUGAGCCGACGCCCGAGGAACAGAAAACAGAGGAUAUACCCGCUGUUGAAGUAGCAGACGAUGCAUCGCGAAUGGAAGAAGUAGAUUAGAUGUAAGAAUUUAGGGCGUAAGGAACUAAUGUCAUUUAUUAUAGUCAUCGAAAGACUGUUAAAAUAGCCACGUUUUAUGUGGUGCAUUAAUAACCCAUUCUCAUUUUCAUUUUCUGUAUCAUAUUGUCUUACUUAAUUUAUCAUACCAAAUUUUGUUUAAAUACCAAAAAUCCUUGGAUUAAGUUAAACUUACAAUAAAAUAAACUUUAUUAUUA